UGCUUGACUUGCUUUCGCCAUGGCCGCUUUGCAGAGCUGAUAAGAUCCUGCCGGCCCGCAUAGCUGCACAACGAGAGCUGGCUCGGGGCUUCGCGUGCUCUGUAGUACCAGGGUCGUCGCUUUCUUUUAAGCUCGAUUGGCCGGGUUUCGUUUGGGACUGAUCACACAUACCGACAGUAUGGCUCUGCUAUCCAGAAUCGCAGUUGCAGCUGUCACGCUGCUGGCGGUGUACUACAUAGUGGGAUCAAUCUUGAGCUACCGCCGACUGCGCCAGUUCAAAGGACCACCGCUCGCCAGCUUUUCACGAUUCUGGCUCUUCUGGAAAGAAUGUAGAGGCACUCUUCCUCAUGCCCAAGUUGCAGCCCUGGAGAAAUAUGGAUCCCCGGCGCGUAUAGGCCAUGACUUGCUCGUUACCGACGAUGCGGAACUGAUUCGUCAUAUCAAUGCGCCCGGCUCAAGGUGGACGAGAUCAGGAUGGUACGAUGCUAUGCGGAUGGACCCGAGGCAAGACAACGUUUUCUCGACGCGCAAUGAAGAGGCGCAUGUGGACUUGAAGGCAAAGGAAGCUGGCGGAUAUAACGGCCGCGACAUCAACACGAUUGAGCCUGAUAUCGACUCCCGAAUUGGCGAAUUCAUUGGGCUCAUCCGGAAACAUGAAGGCAAAGUCGUCGACUUGGCGCCCAAGGUCCGGUAUUUUGUCCUGGAUGUUCUGAGCACAGUGGCCUUUGGACGCCCGUUUGGAUUCAUGGCUGCUGAUGAGGACAAAUGGGAUUACUGCCAAACCUCGGAUGAUUUUACUCUGAUCCUAGGCCUUACCGCUAACCACAGCUCGGUGAGAUGGCUGCUCGGCCAAGAUUGGGUCCAGACUCUCGCUGCACCGAAGACCACGGAUAAAAAUGGAAUUGGUCCUGCGCUUGCCUUUGCCCACAAGGCUGUGUCGGAGAGGUACGGACCCGAUGCAAAAUCCAGAAAGGAUAUGCUUGGCCACUUUGUGAACAAGGGACUUUCCCAAGUGCAGUGCGAAUGUGAAGCUUUUCUCCAGAUCAUGGCCGGAACUGAUUCUUCCGCAACGAUUUUGCGAUGUGCCAUUUUCACCCUCGCUGGUAAUCCCCGCGUGUAUGCGAAGCUGCGCGCAGAGAUCGAUGGCGUGCUGGGGCAGAACACGUCUCUCAGAUACCCGGAUGUGCUAAAGCUGGAAUAUCUCAAGGCCGUCAUUUGGGAGACGAUCAGGUUAUUCCCUCCCUUGUUUGGCCUGAAGGAGAAGUGUGCGCCGGUCGGUGGCGACGAGUUCAACGGCGUUUUCUAUCCAGAGGGAUCCAGUGUAGCCGGGUGCGAUGCCGCCAUAAUGAGGAGAAAGGACGUGUUUGGAGAUGAUGCCUCAUUCUUCCGGCCCGAGCGAUUACUGGAAGGUGACGAUGCGCUUCGGCGAAAGCGAAUGCAAACUGUGGAAGUCGCGUUUGGUUCGGGUAGAUUCCUCUGCCUUGGUAAGAACAUUGCCAUGAUAGAGUUGCACAAGACCAUUGUUGCGAUAAUGAGGAAUUUCGAUUUCGCGAUGGCGGAUCCCAUGCGAGCUGUCGAUGAUGUUUUGCAUAACGUGCACCAGCAAAAGAACAUGAACUUGGUGUUCACCGCACGGGAGUAAUGACUUAUGAAUGAUUUACAGCUACAGUUACAAGAUACCACAAUGUAUGAGAGAUGAUGCAUAU